CAUCCAAUAUGGCGACUUCCACAGGACAGGAUGGGAAGGCUGUCAGUGCUUCAGAUGUGGAUCUAAUAUUGCACCCCGAGCUGUUGUCUCAAGAGUUUAUGCAGCUAGUCCUACGUGAGAAACAUGUCAGUACCUCACAGUGUAACAGUCGGGACCACCUCACAGAGCUCUACCUCCGUCAUGUUAUCCCGCUGCCGCAGAGGACUUUACCCAACAGCCGCUGGGGCAAAAAGAUGGAGAAGACCCGGGGCAGACAGACCUCGACUAGUCACAGUUCAGAUAGCUCAAGAAAUGACCAACACAGGAAAAGACCUCUGAUAGUGUUCGAUGGCAGUUCCUCCAAGUCUGGCCCCCUGAAAGUAAGGAAACCAGAAGGAACCUCUGUAUCAUCUGGAAUCGACAGGUUAAAACCGCCCCCGUCUGCAAACCUGUCCAACCCCAUCCGCAAGCUAUCUGGGAACACAUCUUCCUCUUCAUCCUCUUCAUCUAUUCAUCGCAGCUCUGAUGGAGCUAAUCUUAAACGGGACGCAAACAGCUCGGCUGCCAUCAAGUCUCCAGAGGUGAAGAAAAAGAUCCAGCAUGUAACAUGGCCCUGACCUCUGAUCACUCUUUACACAGAACCGAUGGGAGCCCAGACUCCGAUUUAAUGUUGUUGCAAACCACCUUUAACUCUUCCCACCUUUGAUAUCACACUAAAGGCAUCACAAAAGGGACGAAAACCUUAAACCUGUGUGCAAAGGCUGAUCACAGUGCUAGUCUCGGAGCCAAAGGCAGACAGGAUGGUGUAAAGCUGAGAGCUUCCUUGUUUGUUUCCUCAACCUCAAGUGCCCUUACCAUCAGUGAUCAGCAACUCACCUUCAUGUUUCCUACAUGGAGAGGACAAAAUACAACAUGUUUUCUAAAUUAAAAUGUAUGGUUGAUAUUUUAUUUCCGAGCACAGUUUGGUUUUGGUAAGAGGGGAGUGAUGGAAUGUCAUUUUUAUUGGUGGCUUUAUACAUUUGAUGGAAAUUUGAUUGAAAACUGUCACCACAGACUCAUUUGAUAGUCAGACACUUAACAGGUAAACAGACAGUGGAAGGAUAAGUAUUUCUUUGUUAUACUUUUGAAAUUCAAACUACAGAUUAUGCUGAAUAUGCUGAAAUGGUAGUUAGUGUAAUCAUUUCUCUUUAAACUCCAUUCCUCUUAGGUUUGUCUUUCUGAAAGCAUUUGUAGUGAUUCACACAAUGUUCACAGUGUUGAAGUACAAAUAGAGUGGGGUGUUGGAACUUGAAGAGGUGAAAUGUGUUGUCAUAGAUUGUUAAACUGAAGUAUAAGGAAGCAGAAAGCUUACAUUCACAUGUAAAUACAUCUUUUUAAUGAGUCACAAUUGAAAUGAGUGUGAGCAAAAGCUAGAAUGGUGUCUUUUUCAGUUAUAUUUAUUCUAAAUCUUGGAUUCAUUGACUCUUUUGUGUCUGAAUUUGAAAGGGAUGUAAACAGGAACAGGAAACACAAAGCAUUUAAAUUCUCAUAGUAGAUGUCAUGUUUGUACCAACUUGUUUUUAAAAUAAAUUGUCACA